AUGUGCAAUCGGAUCCACGAGUUCAGCUUUUUUGAAAUCAGGAUCAUUGCCAGGAACCUUUCGAUCAUCUUUGAGACUGAGGACGCCCAGAGAUGGUCUGAACCCAUCGCAAACUUUGCCCUCAAGAGAUCGCAACUUAUGCCAAUGAACAUUCUCUGUCCCCUUGUCAACAGCAUAGCUAAAAUCGGCCACAGGGACGAGGGAUUUUACGAGAAGAUCUUCGAGAUUGGAGUUGAGAGAAUAAAGGAGGCACAGAGCAUUGACCUUGUGACUCUCUCGCAGACGAUUGUUUUACUCAAGAUGUCCAGAAUUCUAACGAACUGGGAAACGAUAAGGAAAACCAUGUCAAAGAUCUGCACGGAAGUCUCAACUCCGAGGAUCCUCUCUUCAAUUUCAGCAACGGAUGCGGUCUUGUUCAUAUACUCACUCGCCAAGACCAAUCACCUGAACAAGGCUGCAUUUCGCUCGGUUGUGGAUGUAAUACUGGACAUGGAUCCCAAGGAGUUUGAGCCAUGCCACAUGCCGCUGGUCCUCUACUCCUUUGCAGCCUUCAAGUUUAAAAAGGCACGUCCGCUCUCAAUCAUCAUGGGUCACAUUAGUGCGAUUGUGGAGCAAAUGACUCCCGCACAUAUUUCAAACUGUCUAUGCUCCUUGACAAGAUUGGAGAUUAGAAACAUUGACUUGGUCAACGCCCUCGUUGACAAGACCAAGACGAUGCUGGACACUAUACAAGCCAGGGAACUUGGCAACAUUGUUUACGGGCUCUCGAACCUGGAGUACGACAAUCUGGAUUUUAUAAACGAAUUAAUCGAAAAGUUUCUCACCCUCGAUCGCGUAGACGAAUUCUCCUGUGUGCACAUUCUCUAUGCAAUGGGUCGCUAUAAAAUAAACAACGAGGAGACUAUACACGAGAUCAUAAAGAAGAUUGAGGGGUCGCUGGAGAGGAUUCCUAGCCUUUCACUCAUCCACAUCGUAUGGUCCUGUUCCCGUCUGGGCUGCAACAGAUUUGACAUGAUAGAACGGUCGGUAGACGAGCUCAGGACCAGAAGCCUGAAUAAGCACGAGCAAGAGUACUUUGACAAGGUCGUUGCGAAGAUCUAG